UCUGGUUCCACCGAAAGAUCGGGGUUGCAAGCAAUUGCUGCGGACUUGCUCACACGCUCGAUACUGCAUCAGCAUCGAUGCCUGCUACAAUCUCGGAAUCAUGUAUGAAAGAGGAUGUUCCGAUGCAGAUGGCGAGUUUGUGGUCUCUAAAGAUACAUCGAUGGCGUUGAAGUACUUCGAAGAGGCUGCUGAGAAGGAUCAUCUGAAGGCACUGCUUCAUCUGUCGGCGCUGCUCACAACCCUGGAUCCGCCCUAUUUCCGACCUGAGCAAGCAAGGCAAUUGUUGCACCGAGCUGCCGAUAGAUACUCUUCACCGGACGCCUUCAACUUGCUGGGUCAGCUCUACGAGCAUGGCCUCGGGCUGCCUGCUCCAGAUUUGGAGCAAGCCGGCACUUGGUACAAAAAGGCGGCGAGGGAAGGCCACUCCGGCGGCCUUUUCAAUCUCGCGGUGUGGUAUGAAUCGGGGAAUGAGGGCGAAGAUGGUCGCAAGCGAGCAGCGCCUUUGAUGGCAGAGCCAGGUUGCAUCAAAUGCAGAAUGAUCCGAUUGGCAGCGAAUUUUGACGUACGCAGGGGCCGCCAAAUGCCGCUGACAGAAUCGAUGGCAGUGUGUAGUUCCGAGAGUCUCCGACACCCCAACCACGAAGCCCGGGUGUUCCAACUAUCGAAAGAACUCUAGCAUGGGCGAGCAGCGUGAAAUGAUACGGCAAUAUAGGCUGCAUCGCGGCGAUUUCUAUUCCAUUUCGAAGGCUGCGCAGUUGGAUUAUCGUCACAAGUCAUCACUAUUUCUUGCGAAAGACGACCGUGGUUAUGGUCUGACCCUCACUUCCGCCAAACGUGAAGGUGGGAUGUUUGAUCCUUGCCUGGAAAACAAAGUCUGGUUGAACA